UUUUAAUCAGGAAUUUUUCCUUAUGGUGAUGAACUGAAGUGAAUUUCCAGUCAAUACCAUAAACAUGAGGCAGGUACAAAUUAGAUAAAACCAAGCUGUAAUUCUCAAGAGACAAUAUAAUAAUGUGCAUGUACAUCAUCACACCAUUAGAAAAUAAGAACCAAUAUUCCAGUACCUGCUCAAGAGAAGUCUUGGGAAACUGUUGAUUUACUUUUAAAGGUUAAUUGCAAAUAUGAUCUAUAGCAGAGGUUACCAACCUUUCAGACCUCAGGGACCACUAAGUUCACAAUUUUAACUCCUGCAGACCACUAAUAUGAGCUGCCUAAUGACGGGCUUGGUGGGUGUGACUAGGUGAUCAUGUGCCUGGGUGGGCAUGGCCAGCUCCUUGCCUCCCCGCCCGGGCUCCUUAGGGCCCCAACAGGAAGCCGUUGUUGGAGCUAAGCAGCCACCACGAGAAAGAGUUGGGCAAAACAGCUCAGUUCAAAUUGGAUCUGACCGAGAAGGAGGCUCAGUAGAAGCACCUCACUGAGGACUACAAUCAUAGGCUUUCCAAGUAGAGGGAAGACCUGAGUGAGUACAAGGCCAGGUACUGGCACCUGGAGGCUCAGCAGGCUGAGAUGGCCAUCCAGUUCCAGACCACGAGGCAGUCCCACUGGAACAAGGUCCUCCGGCUCUUCGCCACCAGCGGCACUUUCCUCCAGCCUUCACCCAAAGCCCCGCACCAGGAGGCCGAAGCAGAUCCCAAGUUGGAAUUUCUGCCCCCCUCUGACCCACACAAAAAGACCUCAAAGGGGGAGACUCUCUACAGCAACACAAACGUUCACUGCACAUAUCCGUCCCAGGGGCCGUACUCUAAGGAUCCCUGAUUUAGUGCAAUAUUAAAAAUGCAAAUAAUUUUUCUGCGGACCAUCAACAUUUUCUCACAGACCACCAGUGGUCAACGGACCACCAGUUGGUGACUGCUGAUUUAUAGAAUAGGCAACUAUUCCUUUUAUAGCAAAUAAAUCACCCUUAGCAUUCCUAACUAAGAAAGAGAGGAAAGAAAGAGUGCUGAAUAAUCAUCUCUAUGAAUAUGCAAAGACAUUUUCAAGAGCAAAGUUCACCUGACAUAGGAUUAAUCCUUGAAGAUAAUACAGAUUUCACUUUAACUGACUGCACAAGUCCAGAAGGCUGGAAGUGAGAGAUGAAGUGUCUAAGCUUUCUUCCUUGGACCCUGGUGACAUUAUUGAUAAUUUUUGGGAAAAACUAUGGAUCUAAUUCUGAUGAAAAAAACAGAUCCAGAAGGAACAUUAAUCAGGCACAGCCUCGUAUGUCGUCUGAAGAGGGCAAUUUAGUCUUCCACACUGGCUCUGCCAAGAAUAUUGAGUUCAGAACUGGAUCACAGGGCAGAAUAAAACUUAAUGAAGAAGACCUUGCUGAUGUUUUUAGUCAGAUCCAAAGGAAUAAAGAUGAAAUUCUAGAACUAAAAAAACUCACCAACACAACUCUCACAGAGAUCAUCCAGCUUCAGUCCCAGAUUGUGAAUAUUGAAGACCGACUUCAUAAUCUUGAGAUAACCUUCCUUAAAAAAGCCUGUAAUAGCAACCCUUGCCAGAAUUCUGGAACUUGCAUAAAUUUACCAGAUGCUUUCUUUUGUCUUUGUCCCAACAAUUGGCAGGGACCAGAUUGUUCUGUUGAUGUUAAUGAAUGCCAGAUUUAUGAAGGAACAUCCUUAGGAUGCCAGAAUGGAGCAACAUGUAUAAAUAAGCCAGGGAAAUACAGUUGCAUUUGUACACCAGAAACAUACGGACAAUACUGCACAUCAAAAUUUGACGAUUGUCAAGGCGGAUCCUCUCUUCUUUGUGGGCAUGGGGUUUGUGUGGAUGGAAACAGAGAACAGCUCCAUCAGCCAAAUUAUACUUGCAUCUGUGAUGAUGGCUGGAUGUCGCCUCCAGGGAGCCUUGCUUGCAAUGCUGACAUCGAUGAAUGCAGCCUCCCGAAUCCACCUUGUUCAGUGAAUCCACCUGUACGGUGUAUCAAUAUGCCAGGCUUUUAUUUCUGUGAUCCUUGUCCAGCAGCUCUGAAAACAUGGUAUUAUACCAGGGGUGAAAUUUACUUGCCUUCACUACUGGUUUGGAAAUGUGAGCGUGUGUGCUCGCUACGCUUGCACGUGCCUCAUCCACACAUGCACAGAGCCUUCUGCGCAUGCACAGAGGGCAAAAACCAGGACAUGACGACAUCCAGGUGGGUGGGUGGAGCCUCCCACCGCCGGUGCUACCAGCUAGAAGAAGACUGUCAAUCAAUAGUACUGUAUGAAACAAGGGAAGUAGCUGGCAUUGCCUCUUUUUUCUUAAGACCUAAAUGGGGAAAAAGUCGACCAUUGAAGAAAGGAAAAAGGGUUGUUGAAGGCAUCUUGUUCAACAGAUGUUAUGAAGGUGAUGGAAAAGUAUGCACGCUGGUUAACAUAUGCUCAGUCGACAAUGGGGGUUGCCAUCCACUAGCUGUAUGUAACAGCAUAUCAGGCUCUAUACCUAAUUGUGCUUGCCCAGAUGGAUACACUGGAAAUGGUUAUGGUUCAGAUGGAUGUUUUGCCCUGAGCAUCAUAUGCCAAACACACAAUCCUUGUGUAAAUGGACAAUGUCUUGAUACAGUCUCUGGCUAUAACUGUGAGUGUGAUCCUGGUUGGAUUGGUAUCAACUGUUCAGAAAACUUUGUUGCAGAUUGUGGAGGAUCCCUUGCUGGCUCCUCAGGAUCAUUCAGUUACCCCAACAAUUCAGGAUAUGUGCAAUAUAAUCAACAGGUCAAUUGUAAUUGGGUUGUCAGGACCUUUUAUAAUAAGGUUCUACACAUCACUUUCCCAUUCUUCCAGCUGGGAGGGAGUAGCGACUGUAGAUUUGAUUAUCUCCAGAUUCAUGAUGGGGAUUCAACAUCUGCAAAUAUGCUGGGGAAAUAUUGUGGACCACAUCAACCACAGCAGCUUUUUAGCAGUCACAAUUCUUUGUAUUUUUCAUUUCAUUCUGAACACAUGAUUAGUGGGAAGGGGUUUACAGUUCACUGGGAGUCUCAAGAGCCUGAAUGCGGUGGAGAACUGACCAGUACAUAUGGGAUAAUUAAUUCACCCGGCUAUCCUGGCAACUACCCUCCCAAUAAGGAUUGUUAUUGGAACAUUUCAACUAAUCCUGGUCUUCUUAUUACAUUUGCUUUUGGCUUAUUGAGUCUUGAACAUCAUGAACAUCAUGAUAGCUGUACUCAAGAUUAUCUUGAGAUUCGAGAUGGCCUUCUCUCACAAGAUCCCCUCCUUGGGAAAUAUUGCAGUACUGGGUUACCACCUCCCCUUCAAACCACUGGUCCAUACGCUUGGGUACAUUUUCAUUCCAAUGGUUAUGAUAGUGAUAGAGGAUUCCUUAUCACAUACAUAACAUCACCUGUGGAUCCCAACUGUGGAGGAAACUAUACCAAUAGCAGUGGGAUCAUCAUGUCUCCCUACUGGCCCAAUUCUUAUCUGAACAACAGACAAUGUGUUUAUAUCAUCCGACAGCCAGCAAAUGAAAAAAUCUACUUGAAUUUCACACACCUAGAGCUGGAAAGACAUCCUAACUGCUCUCGGAACUAUAUUGAGAUCCGAGAUGGUGAUACUGAGAGGGCUCCUUUGAUCAACAAGUUCUGUGGAAAUAUGCUCCCUUCUGCAAUAACUUCCAAUCAAAGUAGCCUCUGGAUCAAGUUCAAAUCUGAUAUUUCAGUUAAUACUUCUAACUUCAGGGCCAGUUAUGAAGUUCGUAAGGAUAGCAGAAAUAACUCUCUUUAUAUAAAAUUCAGAGCUUCAUCUACUACAAAAUUUGGCUUCAUGGCUGAAUACAAGCCUUUUGAUAUAGUAAAUUCUACAAUUACUCAACUGCAAGGGAAAGAAAAAGUCAAGCUGCCCCAAAAGAACAUAUUUACUCUAGAUUUUCCAGGAUUAAAUUUGGCAUUGAAAGGAAUAGUAAUUGCCAACUAUUCCCAAGGCAUUUUGGAGAGUUUGGACUAUCCUAACAACUAUCCUCCAGGUCUUUAUGAUGGCCCUAAUGUUCAAUCCACUUUGAUUGGCGCAUUUUGUGGAGAUAGUGUUCUCCCAUCUGGAGGUACCACGAAUUCCAGUCUUCAUGUGGUGUUUUUUUCUGACCAAAUAGAUGAGUCUACUGGAUUUCAGAUGCUAUGGAAAAUAAAUGCUGGUUAUAAAGUGGAAAGUAUUUCAGUUGAUGUUGACAUUAUGGAACAAACUGUAAACAAUAGUGCAAUGUUCUCCUGCCCAGAAAUGUUUGAAGACCCUGGCUAUCCAAAUAGGAACCCACAAAACAGGGAAUGUUAUUGAUAUAUUCACACAGCAUUAGGUAGUAGCAUUCAACUGAUUAUUCUGGAAUUUGAUGUAGAAUACAAUUCAAAUUGCAACCGUAACUUGCAACCUGGAGGUUGUGGAGGCAUUUUACAAGCUCCAUAAGGUGAAAUUUACUCUCCAAACUACCCAACACCUUACGGUAAGAACAAUGACUGCUCUUGGAUCCUCCGUGUUGAUAAAGGUCAUCUUAUUAUGCUGAACUUCACUGAUAUACAUUCAGCUACUCUAAUUACCGGUAUUUGCAUAUUUCUUAUUACUCCAAAGUUUGUGGAAGCAUCUCAGAAGCUGAUUCAGUUGGUGGAGCCAUUUCUUCUCUGCAUCCAGCAAUAUACCCAAAUAAUCAGAAUUGUAGUUGGAUUAUUCGAGCUCAAGAACCAUGCUUGUGGGGGUACCUUCCAUAUGGAGAGAGGAGCCUUCAGUAGCCCACGUUUUCCUGACCCAUACCCAUUGAACAUUGAAUGUGUCUGGAAUCUUCUGAGCUCCCCUGGCAACCGGCUCCAGCUGUCUUUCAUAAAGCUGGAGACAAGUGCUCCCAGUUUCCUUCUCCAUGGAAAAGAUUCCCCUGCAGGAAGACAUGGGAAGUUCCUUUUGCAAUCAUGUUCGUCAGGGAGAGUUUUUCCAUUAAUAUAUUGCUGCCAUGGAGCAACCAACUAUCAGUCCUUGGGCACGGGAUGGGAUAAUAGUCUUGCACCAGUUCUAUCCAUUGUGUGUGACCGAAAACCUCCUGGCCCAAUAAGGUCAACUGGAAUGCAGUUCACUUCAGAUUCACGUAUUACUGGUCCUGGAUUUAAUGCUUCUUUACACAAAAAAAUGGACCAGAUUUCUCUAGGACCAGAGAACAGAAAUGGGCCUUUUUGUGAUAACAAUACCUUCCCUAUAAUGUUCACCACAGCUAACCAGUUAUUUAUACGUUUCAAUUCUGGGAGCACUAAUGGAAACCAGGAUUUCAAACUGACAUAUGAGGCAAAGGACCUUGACAAUCUAUUUGGAUUUAUAUCUUCACCCAACUAUCCUGGAUAUUAUCCAUUUUUUGCUGAUUGCGUCUGGACCAUAACUACUGGGAUGGCUGUAGAGCUGCAGUUUGAAGAUAGAUUUGAUAUUCUGCCUUCCCAAGUAUUUACACAUUAUACAUUAGAUUAUCAUGAAUUACAAGAUGGGACUGAUUCCACAAUUCAGCUCAUCAUUAACUUAUGUGGGACCUGUAUGCUGGUGGCAUGUGGUAGCACACUGACAAGACAAAAUGGACUCAUUGAAAGUAUUGGGUUUUCUCAACUUUACUAUCCAGAUAAUUUAUUAUGUGAAUGGUUUCUCCAUGGACGAAAUCAUUAUCUUACCAUUAGUUUUGAAGCACUAGAUAUUCAGCACUCGCCAAAAAAACUGACAAGUGACAUCAUUCCAGAGUGUGGAGGUGAACUUCGUGAUACUGUGGGGACAUUUUCCUCUCCCAACUACCCAAAUCAUUCCCUGCAUAAAUUAAAAUGCAAAUGAAGAAUCAUAUUGCCAUUUGGAUGUCGGAUCACCCUCACCAUCAAUGACAUGAAUUUUGGAUCCAGCAAGAACUGUGGUUUGAACUAUUUGGCAAGCUCAAAUCCCAACUACCCACAUCCUUACAAUAGUUCUACUCAUUGUUCCUGGCUCUUGAUAGCACCAGAGGGACAUACCAUCAAUCUUACCUUUGUUGCCUUCAAGAUGGAAACACGAAGGAAUUGUAUGAGGACCUCAGUCACCAUUCUGAAUGGUGGAUCUGCUAUUUCCCCCGUCAUAGGACAAUACUGUGGAACUACUUCUCCAGGCACCAUUUUGUCUGGUUCGAAUAAGGUGUUAAUACAUUUCCAUUACAAUCACUCUAGACAAGGAGAUGGGUUCAAUGCUACAUGGACUGAUGAUUCUUUAGUGAAAAGGUGCUCAUGGGCAGUAAUUACUCAUGAGAGCAAACAUUUUGAAAUAAUCUUUGAUCAGAAUUUCCAGAUUCCAGAUAACAAUGGAUACUGCCAGAAUAGAUUUGUGAAGGAACGGAUGGUACUGAGAGGAGGAGAUAAAGAACAAGAACACACCAUAUUAGCUGUUGGAUGUGGAAACUCAGCUCCAGGGCCUACAGUUACUCCAGGAAAUGUGAUGACUGUAGCAUUUCAGUCACAGAACAUUUCAGGAUGUGGGUUUUCUGUAUCAUUUAUAAACAUCAUAAUUUUUCAUUUCUCUCUUUUCAUCAAACCUUGUGGGGGCACUUUUAAUGUCUCCAGGGGCAAAAUCAAAAGCCCUACGUAUUCAUUCAUGGACUAUCAUGACAAUAUGAACUGUUCAUACCACAUAAAUGUUGGAAACAACAAAAUAGUGGAACUCAUAGGCUAUGUUGCAAUUUAUGAUGGCCCAAACAUUGCUUCUCCGCUACUUGGGAAAUUCUGUGAUGCAAUCCUUCCUUCUCCUAUCAAGAGUUCCUCAAACAACUUGCUGCUAGUAUUUAGGACAGGUGCCUUUGGAGCUGCCGAUGGAUGGCAAGCAUCUUUCAGAGAGACAAUAGGUGUUCAGAGUGCCAUAGUACCUCCUCCAUUUCCACACCACCACUACUGUCUGGACUCUCCAGACUCUGACGAGGAUGGGAAAGAUGUAGAAUGUGUGUGGGUUUUAGCUGUACCUAUAAACAAAUUGAUCAGCCUCACCUUUGAGUUUUUUGAAUUAGAAGCUGCAGCAUCUUUUCAAAAUUGCCAGGAUUAUGUCAAGUCAUAUGAUGGUAGUAAUGAAGAUGCCAAUUUUGUUGGAAUGUUCUGUGGCCCCAAUCUCCCACCUUAUUUCCUUUUUACUAACAACUUCUUGACUGUUAAGUUUGUUACUGAUACAUUGUUAGAAAGAGAAGGUUUCACUACUACUACACUACUUCUUCCACUGCUUGGCAAACAUUAUAAAAACACUUUACCCAAUUGUACAUUUACUAAAAACCAUGUUAUAUAUCUGUGUUUCAAAAACAAUCACCUACUUUCCUAUGAAGGAUAUGAAAUUACUUGGACUUCAUCUCCAAAUGGUACCAAAAAUAUUUUAAGUUCUGUCAAUCAAACAAUUAAUAAAUUAAUACAUCAACCAACAUGGCUGCCACUUAAUCUUUCUGCUUCAGUCGCCAAUUCAGAAUACCUAGUUUCUUACCAGAAUAAAACUGACUGUGAAUGGACAAUUAAAGCUCAGCAAAGAAGAAUUGUUACUGUUAAUUUUGCUUACAUCAGCAUUGAAGAUCCAGGCGAUUGUACUAGUAAUUACUUGAAACUCUAUAAUAGACCAGACAGUAGUUAUCCAUCCAUUGGACCAUACUGUGGAUUGGCUACAAAUAUUGCUCCAUUUACAGCAAUGUCAGAUCAAGUAUUCAUCAAAUUCCAUGUGGAUUAUGUAACUCACCCAUCAGGAUUUAGACUGACCUGGACUAGCUGA